AUGAAAGUCAGAAAAACGUUCGUUCUAAUUAUUGGGGGUGGACCCACUGGAAUAACAACAGGCAUGUAUUUACAGAAGCAUAAGAUACCUCACAUAUUAAUUGAAAAAGAUAAAUGCAUAGGAAAGACACCCAAAGCACAUUAUUAUAAUAAUCAAACUAUGGAGGCAUGGAGAAGCAUUUUCCACUUAGAUAAAUGUUUCCUGAACGAAACAGAGGAUUUAAAUUUAUGGAAGACUUUUCAAUAUGGCUUAAGUAUUAAAAAAGAUAAAACUAUAAUAUCUUAUAAUAAUUUUUAUAACAAAUACACUUAUAAAGACACGUAUUAUGAAGAUAUAAGUCCAUCGAAAGUAACUCAUUUAUCUCAAUAUAAAUUAUUAGGAAUCCUGUAUAACUAUUAUCUAAAUAAAGUAAAAUGUAAUAGUAUCCAAAAAAGGGAAUUUUUAAAAAAUAUGCGGUUGAAGUUAUCGACCCAUAAAAUUUUAAAAAGUAUAUAUAAUAAAUCCAGCUUAAAGGAUAAAUCGGGUAACCCUAAUAAUUUAUCUUACAGGGAUCGGGAAAAUGAGGGAGGAGAAUUAUUAUAUGAUAAUUUUUUUACAUAUGAUCCAUCCGAAUUCUUAAUGGGAUACGAAUACGUAAACUUUUGGAACAUGAAUGAACUGAAAAAUGGACUUCAUUUUGAGAGCGCUAGAAAUAACAAGGAAGAAAAAGGCAACAAGUACCAGUCUGCCGAUAAGGGUGAUAUUGGAAGCAUUAGAAGUAGUGGUAGUAGUAGUAGUAGUAGUAGUAGUGGUAGUAGUGGUAGUAGUGGUAGUAGUGGUAGUAGUGGUAGUAGUGGUAGUAGUGGUAGUAGUGAUGGUAGCGCUGGAAGUAGCGGUUGCGUGGGUGGAGGCAAAAAUAAUAAUGUGUAUUUCUUAGAGGAGAGGGAAAGUUGUUCAAACGGUAUAGUAAUAACAAGGGUUAAAAACUUAUAUAACCAUGAAGAGGAAGUAAUUUUAAGUAAUUACGUUUUUGUUUGCGAAGGAGGAAAAAGUAGCAUAAAGGAGGAAUUGAAUAUUAACGAUGAGAAUAAGAAAGAUUACAUGAAGUUUAUAAAUAUACAUUUCAGUUCAACCAUUUUAGUAAAAUUAGUAAGAUAUAAUCCUUCUAUGUUAUAUUUUUUAUUUAAUAAAUACAUAGGUAUUUUAGUUUGCCAUAAUUACAGAGAUGGAGAUUUUAUUUUGCAUAUGCCAUAUAUAAAUAUAAAAGAAGCAGAAAUUUAUAGUAACAAAAGUAAAUGCCUUGAAAUAAUAAAUAAAUUAAUUGAGUUUCCUUUACAUGAUAUUAAUAUACACAAUAUAUAUAGAUGGACAAUGCAUAGUUCAAUUGCUUCAACAUUUAUUGAUAAAAAAACGAAAAGAAUUAUUCUUUUAGGAGAUGCAGCACAUAAAUUACCCCCCUCCGGGGGUUUUGGGUUAAACUUAGGAAUUGGGGAUGUCUUAAAUAUAAUCUGGAAAAUUAUUAGAAUUUAUAUUUUAAAAAAAAAUUUUUUUUUAGAUAAUAAACAAAAUAUAAAGAACAGAUGUAAUACCUCUGAUAAUAUUAAACGAACUGGUUAUGAAUCUUACAUGCACAAUGAAAUAAAAAAUUUUUGCCAUUAUUUUGAUAUGCUAAAUAUUGGGGAUAAAAAAGUAAAAAAAAAAAUUGAUAACUAUAUAGAAUCAUACAAUAUUGAAAGGAAGUUGGUAGCUAAUUUUACAAUUUACCAUGCUGUGAAAAAUUAUGAAAAAGGGAACAACAUACCGAAUAUUUUAGGAUACAAUCAUACCAUGCUGGUAAAUUUUUUAACUACAUAUGCAAUCCAUAUUGUCCAGAAAUUCGGUUUCUUUCACCAUCUAUUUACUAACGCUAGAACGGUUCUUAAAUUUUUUAAUAACCUUCCUUAUAUAUUUGAAUGGAAUCAAAGGAGAGCACAAAAACUGAUUGGAAAUAAAGGGAACAUACUGACACUAUUAUAUCCUGGAGUGGAUUCCUGCUACUCAUAUAUAAACACAAUUUCUGAAAUAAGUGAGGAAGAAGAAAAAUUAGGGGGGGAUUUCUCCCCCUAUAACGAGAAGUACAAAACUGGUGUGAUGAAUGGUACGGAAAAUGAUGGUAAGAAUAGCAAUAAAAAAAAUAUAUCCCCAUGUGAUAAAAUUACAAAUUGCUCGGAAGAUACACAAAUGAUAGGGGGGGAGGAUACUCUCAGCACUGAAAUUUCGACGAGUGAAACUGCGCAAAUUGCGCGAUAUAAGCGCAAGAUAGGCAGUAAUUAUAACCGUAGCUACAGUGAUGAGGGUUUAAAGUUCAGUAGAGGUGAAAAAUACAUAACAGAGAGUAAUAUUUACAAUUAUAACAACAACAACAAUAAUAAUAAAAAUAAUAAUAAUAAUGUUAUAUGUAAUAAUAAUAAUAAUAAUGUUAUAUGUAAUAAUAAUAAUAAUAAUGUUAUAUGUAAUAAUAAUAAAAAUAAUGUUAUAUGUAAUAAUAAUAAAAAUAAUGUUAUAUGUAAUAAUAAUAAUAAUAAUAAAAAUAAUAAUAAAAGUAUUAAUAAUGAGGAGUCACCUCUAAAGAGGAAUAUCUUUGUAGAAAAAAAUGAAAAUAUACCUAAGUUAAAAGUGUGCAAAAACAUAUAUGAGUACGAAAUUACGAAUAUAAAUGGAGCCAAAAUACCUCAUUUUAAUCUUUAUACAAUGGACAAAAAUUAUAUUUAUAAAUUAUCUACUGUUGACCUACCUAUAUUUAAUAAUCCUCAUUUAUCCAUAUUAAUUAUUUUAUUUGACAAUACAACAUUAAACGGAUUGAUUGACUUUUUGUCUAUACAUAAUAUAUCAAAAGAGAAAUUCUCUAUUUGUUUUUGGGAUUCCGAUAUUUUAAUAUAUAAGAAUCCGAAAAAUCAAUCUAUUGGUAUUUUAACACAAGAAGAUGGUAAAAGCUUAAAGGAGGAAAACACAUGUAAUGAUAUAAUAUUUUUAAAUGAUUAUGUUUUAUUAGAAAAUGAACAAAACGAUCUUAAAGGACAAACAACAAAUAUAGAACAUAUUCAAAUAAAUGCAAAAAGUUAUAACGUCAAUUAUGUAUUUACAUCAAAACUAAUUAAGAACAUGUUUUUAAACACUCUAAAUCUAAAGUCAUAUAAAUCAUUUGUAUUUUUAAGGCCCGAUAGACACAUUAUAUCAGCUUGUGAUGAUAAUUUAUAUGAUCAUAUUAAGAAAAUAAAUAAAAUAUAUAUUUAA